AAACAAUAAGUCCGCGAUAACUUCGUUCGAGGUCCGCGAGCUGGGCGGUUCGGUUUCCCAUUGGUUGAUUCCUCCAAACACUUGCCGGGAAAAGCACCGGAACCGCUCGGUUGUGUAUACCUACGCACUACUGUAAACUGUCAAACAAGAAGAAUUCUAUGAUCCCUAAGGGGUACUAGUGUUAGGGAAUAAGUCUUACAAAACUGCCUUAUUUCCGUUCGAGCGUGACGCAUGGUAUAUUUACGUCCUUUAAGCUAUGCUCAACCGCAGUUCUGUCCAGAUCAAAGUGUCUAACGCUGAUCCUGAGACAAUCUACGAUGUCCAAGAAAGGAUCGGCAGGGGUUCAUUCGGGGAAGUUUUCAAAGGAAUGAACAAAAAGACGAGGGAGGUUGUUGCAAUAAAGCUCAUAUAUCUUGAGGCAGCAGAAGAUGAAAUCGAGGAUAUCCAACAAGAAAUAUUAGUGUUGUCUCAGUGCAACAGUCCUCAGAUUACAAGGUACUACGGGUCGUACUUGAAGGACACCACUCUGUGGAUCAUCAUGGAGUACCUUGGUGGCGGGUCUGCUUUGGAUCUUAUGAAACCGGGCCCUAUCCCAGAAGUUUACAUUCCAACCAUUGUCCGGGAAAUCCUUAAGGGAUUGGAUUACUUACACAGCCAGAACAAGAUACAUCGCGAUAUCAAGGCGGCCAACGUCUUAUUCUCGUACAACGGUGACGUGAAAUUGGCUGACUUCGGUGUCGCUGGUCAGCUGAAUUCCAGUAUCACAAAGCGAGGCUCUUUCGUUGGGACUCCUUUCUGGAUGGCUCCAGAGCUAAUCCAGCGUUGUGCCUAUGAUUUCAAGGUCGAUGUUUGGUCCACCGGAAUCACAGCGAUUGAAUUGGCUAAAGGUGAACCACCAAACGCGGACUUGCAUCCAAUCCGUGCGCUUCUCUUCAUUCCACAUAAUCCACCUCCACAACUGACCGGUGAUUUCAGCAAAAACUUUCGUGAUUUUGUCGAGUCCUGUCUGGUCAAGGUGCCAGAGAACCGCCCUGCUGCUUACGAGCUUUUGCGUCAUCCAUUCAUCAAGAGAGCCCGACGAAAUAAUGCCAUUUUGCAAGAGCUUAUCGAACGGUAUCGCCGUUGGCGCGAAUCUGGUAUUGAUGAGAAUGCUGAUUCUGACGAAGACGGCCUUAGUGAAGACCAUAGAAAGACCAAUGAUGCUGAACCCACUGGAAAUUCACCCGAGACACUGAAGUGGGUCUUCGAUACGGUUCGCGCCUCUCCUGCUACUGCAGCUCAAAUUGCUCCCCGGGAUAACGUCAUCGUAUCGGUGGCCACAUCCGAUGCUCAAUCCCGACCCCGCUUUGCUGUCGUUGAUGCCCCUGCUUCUCGCAAACUGCUUCAAGGGGAUCACAGAGAACGAAAGAACUCUCCGGAAAUGAAACCAGACAGCAAUCAUGUUCAACAACCUCCCAUCCCAUCUCAUGCUCCGAUCUCCCGUGUGCCACCCACGGAAAUCACCGUUGUCCAGACGAAAUAUGUCUCUGGCAUUCCGACACCACGUCCAGUGCUUUCCAAUCAAGACCACUCCUCAUUCCCCGAAGGUCAACGGUCCCCGAACGACCAGCUCCAACAAACCGGGCCUGCAACACGUAUCCAGAUUAGGCCACAGGUCAGCAUACAACCUGCGCCACAGAAACAACAACCUCAGCAUAACCAGCAACAGCAAGUCAAGCGGAUUUCAGUCGCGGAGUCCAAUUCGCCCAACCACUAUCCUAUUGUUUUGUCAACCCAGAACGUUGGUCCUUUUGACACGUUAGUUCAGCGACGUUCAUCCCAACCUGUCUUGGGCUUCACUCAUUCGGCUGCCGAAGGUCCACAUCGGACACCGAACGACCCGUAUCGCCACGGACCACCAGCAAGGAAUGAUUUGGCUGGCAACAUUCCUUCACCUUGUCUUCGCCAUCACAUACUUCCUUUGUUGGAAAAUCUCCGCGGAGUGUACGAUCAGAUUCGAAGUGGAGCUGCCAUUUCAAUCGACGAGCUCAUCUCGGCAUUCGAAUCGGUCGAUGCGACAUCUCCGUCUUACACCGCUAGCUUUCUCACUGAAUUGCUUACACGUGCGUUGGACAGCAAUCCGCGAAUUGGAUCUCAAGUGAAGCGACGAGCGAUUGACCAGCUCCGAAUGAAUCCCUUAUGACCAAGUUUAUGUGUGACUGUCGUGAAUCGCCAAUGAGCGAAGAGUUCAACUGGCCUAUCAGACUCGUCGCGUUAUCCAUAUCCCUUCUAUUUGGUCCACCUCGGUCCGGACUUUCGAAUGUGAUUUCUAGCGAUUUUCGACACAUUUGCCGCUCAAAGCAUUCUCCUCGUGCUUUUGCACUUUACUUCCUAUCCACCCGCCUUCAUUUCACUUCGUUGGCACCUGUACAGCCGGUCGCAUCACUCGGUCAAUUUCUACCUGACUAUACUUUAAUAUUUGGUACGGUGUCUCUUUUUUGUACAACCUAUCACAUGUGAUUGCUCUCACGAUUAUUUCUCUACCUGUCCUUUCCAGUUGCAUUCUUUCAUUGCAAACUUUUUCUCUGUUCACAACGAUUUCUAGAAAAAAUGAAAUGAGGCUGUAAAUUCACCUCAAUUCGUAUUGCUUCCAAUCUUGUAUAUGUUCAGUCACUAACACCCAGCGCCACUGAUUAUCUUUUCCGCUUAACUUCGCUGUCUCGACUUUUCUUUCGACCGCAUCCUCUUCUUCAUUUCAUUCUACACUUGCCUAGGUACGUCUUCCAUCGUUGGCAUCGUACAUGAAACAUCCUCAAUACUAGUGUCAUUUUACUCAUGCGUUGUCUAGAAUCGCUUCACACACUCUCUGCCUGAUCUGCGAUGGAAUUUACUGUGCUGGAUCGUGACAUCAUGGUUAAAUUUCCCGGCUGAUGGCCCAUUCUCCGCAGACUCACUGCGGCUUGGUAUGUGGGAAAGUGAAAUUGCUUUCCUUGAUC